ACAUCAACAUCGGACGACUAUAAAUAAUUUUCGUAUGAUCUCAUGCACGUCCACCACAACUAUUAUGUUCCAGUUCACAAGCAAUCACAUGCAAAACCCUCCAAAGCCCAAUGUCAGGCCUCCCAGCACGCGUCAAAUACAUUCAAAACGUGGAGCUUUCCGAGCCAAAACGACAACCAAGUCCCAAAAGCAUUUUGUCUUUUUCGCACACGUCACCCGAAAAACCGCGUGCUCUUCAGUCCACCCCCUGAAUUCGAAUAUUUAACCCACAGGGAGGAGCCGCCGAUCUAUUCCAUAUAAAAACCCAUCGCCAAUCUUUACUUAACAGAUUCCUAAAGAGGAUACACCGGAACAAGCCACCGGUUUUCGGAGAUUAUAGAAGUGGAAGUGAAGAUGUGUAGAAGCACAGACACAAAACUUGAUGGGAUCCUUCCCAGAGGUCGAAAUUGCUUAAAGAUCAAAGCUUUCUUUGUCCGCCUUAAGGGUUUCAAGUCAUGCAAGCUCUUGCCCCCGGCACUCACUCUCCUCUACCUUCCUCGCAUUAACGGAUCCGAACUCUUUGUCAACGGGUCUAAGGUCCGACCUGAUUCUGCUGCGUUCUUGACGCUCCAUCGAGCUGUUAAUGUGAAGACGAAGGAGGGGGAGGCAAUAUUUGGAUCAAGAGAGCAGGUUUGGGCAAGUGGAGGGGUUCGCUUUGAAGUUUACUCGGGGGACGAGAGGGCCUUGGAGGGGAUUUUUAGGAAAGACGAGGAGGAUGAGUGGAAUUUGGAAUGCAAAUGCGGGCUAGACCAUGAGGUUGCUGUCCAUGGUGGAGCUACUGAAGUUGCAGUGGCGGAGGAGGCGGAUGUCUGCGUGGCAUUGGAGGGCCACGUUGCGUUGGGUGGUAGGGUGGAGAUGGUGUCGAGGAGAAAGAAGAAUAGGAGGAUUGGGUUUGAUAGACUGGAGGUGAUCCCAGAGGAAAGAGAGAACGGGGUUGAUGAAUCUGUUAACGGAUGUCGUGAUGAUUGCAAAUAUCGUGAAUCUGACGGUGGAGGUUUAGAAAAAUCGUGCGAGUCCGAUUAUGAUCUGAUGGAGAUGGAUUUGGAAGGAGUGAGAUGGGCUGUUCAUGUUGGGCUUUGGGUCAUGUGUUUUGGAGUGGGCUACUUGGUUUCUAAAGCGUCUGCUAGGAGCUUGAGACGACUGCGGCUACUGUAGCCCAUUGUUCCUUAAGGCCCUUUAUUUUUCACAACUUCUUCUUGAUCCUGUCCAUUCUUUAAUUCAUAAUUGUAUCAAAAAAAAAAAAAAAUUUAAUUACAUGUUAUCAAGUUGAACGACUUGAAGUUUUGUAACUCGAAUAAAUUGCACUUAAUCCCUUCUUUUUUCCCUUU